AUGAAAUACAACCAGUUACGGGUCGUCAGGGCACCAGUGAACCAGACGCCCUGCUCACCCGGAAUCGCUGGACUGACCUUGACACUCGGCUGGUUGGCGUCGGUGGUCCAAAAGAAGACGAAAAAGAGCCGCAGCAAAAUAGAUGAGCGGCAAAAAAUCACCAAGAGAAGCGUGAAGAAGAAGGGCGAAGCACUGGUGGUGAAGAUUAGCGAGGAAGGGUAUUUGGAGGUCCUGCGAACAAUAAGGACAGCUCCGGAAUUGAAGGACUUUGGCGCAGAUGUACAGAGAAUCAGGCGCACACGGGCGGGUGACAUGAUCUUUGAGCUGAAAAAGGACUCCAAGAAUAAGAGCUCAUCAUAUAAGGAGCUAACGGAGAAGGUGGUUGGCGAUAAGGCACAGGUGAGAGCGAUGACGCCUGAAGCGUGCCUCCAAUGUGUGGACCUGGAUGAAAUUACCACGGCGGACGAGGUAACUACCGCAAUGAAGGAGCAACUCGAGUUGGGCGAUGUUGACAUAACAAUCCGACUAAGAAGGGGUCCAUCGGGCACGCAGAUCGCUGCUAUAAAACUUCCGGCAGAUGCUGCUGACAAAGCACUGCGAAUCGGCAGAAUAAAAGUCGGUUGGUCGGUGUGUUCGUUGAGCCUCUCUCAGCAACCAGAGGUGUGCUUCAGGUGCCAAGAGUUUGGCCACCUGGCACGGAACUGCAAGGGCCCUGAUAGGUCAAAACUUUGUAGAAGAUGCGGUGAAGAAGGUCAUAAGGCACAAAGCUGCAAAAAGCCACCGAAAUGCCAGAUCUGUAGAAGCGAUGAGCGCAGAGACCAUGUUACUGGUGGUCAAAAAUGUCCAGCGUUCAAACAGGCGAUGUCAACACCUGCUGUGGCAAUCUGCGAGGAUUCGAAAUGCGACGUUGCAAUCAUCUCUGAUCCAUACCGGAUCCCACCAGGAAACGGUAAUUGGGUAGCGGAUGAAGCAGGAACCGCCGCUAUAUGUACGGUAGGAAGAUACCCAUACCAAGAAAUUGUGUAUCGCGCAGCUGAAGGCUUCGUGAUCGCCAAAGUUAACGGAAUCUAUAUAUGUAGCUGCUACGCACCGCCACGUUGGACGAUUGAUCAGUUCAACCGGAUGCUGGAUAAGGUAGCAGAGGAACUUAUCGACAGGAGGCCAGUCGUCAUUGCUGGGGACUUCAACGCCUGGGCAGUAGAGUGGGGCAGUCGUUGCACUAACCCUAGAGGUUGGAGUCUACUAGAAGCAUUUGCCAGGCUCAAUGUAGACUUGAUUAAUAAAGGUUCGACGAGCACAUAUCGAAGGGAUGGCAGAGAGUCCAUCAUUGAUGUUACCUUCUGCAGUCCUGCCUUAGCAAGGAACACGAACUGGAGAGUCUGCGAGGACUAUACGCAUAGCGACCAUCAAGCGGUCCUGUAUUGUGUCGGAGGGAGGGUACACUCGGAACCACGCGAGAGCAGUAUCAAGGAGCGAAAGUGGAAGACAGAAUCCUUUGACAAGGAUGUGUUUGCGGAAGCAAUGCGAUUCGAGCGCAAUCUUCAAAAUCUGAGUCCAGACGAGCUGGUUGCAGCAUUGACCCGAGCCUGCGAUGCAACCAUGCCGAGAAAGGUACAGCCACGGUAUGCACGUAGGCAAAUCUAUUGGUGGAAUGAAACGAUCGCAGAACUCCGUCGUAGCUGUUUUCGAGCAAGGAGGAGGAUGCAGAGAGCCCGCAGCGAUGUAGAAAGAGAAGACCGCAGACCAGUGUUUAGGGCGGCCAAAGCCGCUCUUAAAAAGGAAAUUAGGCUCAGUAAGGCAGCUUGCAUGAAAGAGCUCUGCCACAACGCGAAUGCAAACCCAUGGGGGGAUGCAUACAGGGUCGCUAUGGCUAAGAUUAAAGGCCCAGCGAUACCGCUAGAGAGGAGCCCAGAAAAACUCAAAGCAAUUAUUGAGGGACUGUUUCCGUAUCACGAAGCACCAGUCUGGCCUCCCACACCUUAUGGUGAGGCCAACACCAGCAGAGAUGAAGCCCGUGUCACUAACCUCGAACUAGUUACGGCAGCAAAAAGCCUAAAAACUAAUAAGGCUCCGGGACUAGAUGAAUUGCAUAGACGAAGGAAAGUUUCCAAGGUGCUGGAAACGGCAAAAGUUAGUACGGAUGCCGAAGCAGGAGCAGGUCCACAGUUGACGCCAUCCGGACAGUCGUCGAAGCAGCUGAAGCAGCCAAGAAGCAAAAGAGAAGGGGAAACCGUUACUGCGCUGUGGUAA